AUGACUGAAGAAAAACUAUCAGGUCAGGGGGAGCUCAUCGAAACAGCACCUCAGCCGACACCUCUGCCAAAAAUGCAGCUGGCAAUUCUUCUCCUUGCCCAGAUGCCCGAGCAACUGACAGCCUCUGUGAUAUAUCCGUUUGUGAACCAGCUAGUCAGGUCAACAGGCAUCACAGGUGGAGAUGAGCGUAAGACGGGCUACUAUGCAGGCUUGAUUGAAUCUUUGUAUUACGCAAUCGAGGCUAUCACGAUUCUUCAAUGGGGUCGCGUGUCUGACCACAUCGGAAGGAAGCCAGUGAUACUCGUUGGGCUUUUCGGGGUUACCUUGUCCAUCGUCUCCUUUGGAUUUUCGAAAGAAUUCUGGAUGCUCAUCCUCAGCCGUUGUGCACAAGGCGCUCUCAACGGUAAUCUUGGCGUGGUCAAAUGCAACAUGACCGAGAUCACUGACACCUCCAAUAUGGCGCAAGCGUUCGCAUGGCUGCCGUUCGCAUGGGCCGCUGGGUAUACGCUGGGAUUCCUCAUUGGAGGAGUCCUCUCGGAUCCAGCAGCUAAAUGGCCAGACACCGUCGGACGCUACCUCUUAUUCCAUCGGUAUCCUUAUUUUUUGCCCUGCAUCGUUGCCGCCAGCGUAGCUAUAGCCUCCUGGCUCAUCACCUUACUAUUCCUUAAAGAGUCGAUGCGCGGUGCUGCCUCCAGAACUCAAUCUUUGAGCCAUAUCGAUGAUACCAAAAAGUCGAUCAUGCAGGCUGCAAAGAUCCACGACAAGCCUGCAGAUACUCAGGUCGAUAUCCUACCUCGCAUGCUAGAUGAAGCAGAGACUGCCAACCCCGCUUCCAGUUCCCUUGGGUCUUCAAGGACCGAUUUUCGCUCUAUUCUCAUUCCACGCGUCAUGAUACCAGUCCUGCACUAUGGCUUGCUGUGUUUCGUCGACCAGUGCAUGUUGGUACUAAUGCCGCUCAUGUACUCGACAUCACGCCCACUCGGAGGGCUUGGGUUUAGUAGUAACACCAUUGGGUUGGUGAUGUCGGCCUGGAGUAUGUUGAAUGGCACGAUACAAGUCUAUUCGUUCCCGCGAUUGUUGCGACGAUUUGGACCAAUGAGGUUGUAUAUCACAAGUUUCUCCUUCUUCCUCAUAACAUUUUCCGCGUACCCGUUAAUGGGUUAUAUGGCUAAGCACCACAUGGAAGCAGCAAUGUGGUUGAUUCUUUGCGUCCAACUUGUUGCAUACACCAUUGCAUACAGCACGUAUAGCUGUAUCAUCUUAUAUAUUAAUAAUGGGGCACCGAGCAAGGAUUUAUUGGGUGCAACAAAUGGCCUAGCACAAACGAUGGCCUCCAUGAUGCGUGCCGUCGGACCGACAGCAGUAUCCUCACUGUUUGCCCUGUCGUUGGAGAAGAACCUCGCGGGCGGGACAGCUGUAUACUGGAUAAUGUGCACGAUCGUCAUAUUAGUACUCGGUUUCUCGACAUAUCUGCCAAAAAGCCUUACUUAA